AUGGAUUUUUGGCUCAUCCUUAUUUCCAUUCUCUGCAUUGGAGCUUCUAUCUUUUCCCUUUGGAUCAACUCCAAGGGCACCUCUAAAAACCUACCGCCUAGCCCUCCAACUCUACCAAUCGUAGGUAACUUCCUAUUGCUUUUGAAAUCCUCCAACAAUUUCUCCUCCCUGAAACCACUCCUCCGCCAGCUUAGCUCCAAGUACGGCCCCAUCAUCACCUUGUACCUUGGUUCGCGCCCUUCCAUUUUCAUCACCUCCCGUGAAACCGCCCAUCAAGCCCUUGUUCGCUCCGGAUCAACCUUUGCGAGCCGCCCGCCAGCCAUGGAGACAUCCAGAAUCAUCUUCACUAACCAAAACACGGUUGCCACUUCACCCUACAACCCAAUCUGGCGAGUCCUCCGACAUAAUUUCAUGUCCCUAACCCAUCCUUCCCGCCUUCACUUGUAUUCUGAUUGCCGGAGGUGGGCUGCCAAAGUUUUGAUAGAGAAGAUCGCUGCCAGUACUACCAUUGGAUCAGGAGAUGGAAAGAAAGCAAUUCACAUUGUCGAUCAUUUUCAGCAUGCUUUCUUCUGCUUGCUCACGUACAUGUGCUUUGGAGAGAAGCUGGACGAGAAAUUGUUGGUGGAUAUUGAGAGGACACAGAGGGCUACGAUUGGAAAUUUUAUCCGGUUCAAUGUGCUGAAUUUCAUGCCAAAGUUGACGAGGAUUUUAUUCCGAAACCUUUGGAUCGAGUUGCUGGAGAUCCGCCAGGGGUUGGAUGUCACUCUGCUUCCAUUGAUCAAAUCUCGACAGGAGCGAAGCAAAGAAAGAGGUAGUGGAGUUGUUGUUUUGGACCCUCCAAAAUGGUACCUAGAUACAAUCUUGGAGCUCCAAGUACCUGGGGAAGGAAGGAAAUUCACUGACUUUGAGUUGGUAAGUCUUUGCUCAGAGUUCCUUAAUAGCGGAACCGACACCACGGUGACAACACUGCAAUGGGUUAUGGCAAAUUUAGUGAAGCACCAGAGGAUCCAAAAAAUGUUACAAAGGGAAAUUGACUCAGUGGUCCAGCCUGGAGAUGAGAUCCAGGAAGAGGACUUGAAAGAGAUGCCAUACCUAAAAGCAGUCAUUUUAGAGACGUUACGACGACACCCUCCGGGGCACUUUAUAUUGCCGAGGGCAGUGACGGAGGACACAAAGCUGGGAGGAUACGACAUACCCAAGACUGCGAUAAUCAACGUGACAGUGGCUGAAAUGGGCCGAGACCCUCAAGUGUGGGAGGACCCAAUGGAGUUCAAGCCGGAGAGGUUUUUGGGGGAUGGUGUUGAUGGGAAGACGGAGGAAUUUGAUUUCAAGGGCGUGAAAGGGAUCAAAAUGAUGCCAUUCGGAGCGGGACGGAGGGUUUGUCCUGCGAUCACAGUGGCAAUUCUGCAUUUGGAGUGGUUUGUGGCAAAUUUGGUGCGGGAGUUUGAGUGGCGAGCAGAAGAGGGAGUGGAGGUUGAUUUGUCAGAGAAGCAAGAUUUUACUACUGGUAUGAGGAAUCCAUUGAAAGUGGUGGUCACUCCAAGAAUUUCUUGA